GCUCAGCACGCGCCCGUGCGCGCGCCCCGUGCCUCCAGCCCUGCGCUCGAAGCGGCUUUCGCUGCCACUGUCUGCUCCCCGGGGCCGCCGCCUGCUUCAAGCUGGGGCUUCUGUCCGCUAGGCCGCUCGCCUCAAGGCAGGAAGACGAGUUCGUGGAGGAUGCCUGGGCCCCUCACCACAUGGAAAGUGGACAGCGACUGAUUCAGAUACAGACUAAACCUUAGCACCUCCUAUUAGCUGUGUGACAUGAAACAAGGCUCUUCCUUCUGAGGGCUUGUCACUUCAUCUAUCAAAUGGUGGCGUGACCAGAAGUGACAAGGUCGCUCGCGGCCCCGGGUAAAAUAAGCCCGCGCCGCCCGGCGCCAUGGAAAGGAGCGGGAACCAAAGUUGCCCCUCGCCGGCAUGCGCGCCCAUUGAGCCCCGCCGCAGGCAGCCCCCGGCCGCAGGUCCCCGAGUGACGCUGGCGGCACCUGGGAGCGUGGCGCGGCCCCGGGGCCACGCCGAGGAGCCCAGCGUCCAGUAAAGCUGCCGAGGACCUGCCGCUUGUGCCGCAGCCAUGGUGAUGUCCCAGGGCACCUACACGUUCCUCACAUGCUUCGCCGGCUUCUGGCUCAUCUGGGGUCUCAUCGUCCUGCUCUGCUGCUUCUGCAGCUUCCUGCGCCGCCGCCUUAAACGGCGCCAGGAGGAGCGACUGAGAGAGCAGAACCUGCGUGCCCUGGAGCUGGAGCCCCUCGAGCUUGAGGGCAGCCUGGCUGGAAGUCCUCCGGGCCUGGCGCCGCCGCCACCACCGCACCGCAGCCGUCUGGAGGCGCCUGUGCACGCGCACUCGCACGUGCACGUGCACCCGCUGCUGCACCACGGGCCAGCGCAGCCGCACGUGCACCCGCACCCACACCAUCACGCACUGCCGCACCCACCGCCGCCGCACCUUUCAGUGCCGCCCAGGCCCUGGAGCUACCCGCGCCAAGCGGAAUCGGACAUGUCUAAGCCGCCGUGCUACGAGGAGGCGGUGCUGAUGGCGGAGCCGCCACCGCCCUACAGCGAGGUGCUCACGGACACUCGCGGCCUCUACCGCAAGAUCGUCACGCCCUUUCUGAGCCGCCGCGACAGCGCCGAGAAGCAGGAGCAGCCGCCUCCGAGUUACAAGCCUCUCUUCCUGGACCGGGGCUAUACCUCGGCGCUGCAUCUUCCCAGCGCCCCGCGGCCCGCCGCCCCCUGCCCUGCCCUCUGUCUGCAGACUGACCGCAGCCGCCGGGUCUUCCCCAGCUGGACCGACACAGAGCUCAGCAGCCGCGAGCCCCUGGAGCACGGAGCUUGGCGCCUGCCCGUCUCCAUCCCCUUGUUCGGGAGGACUACAGCCGUAUAGAGGGGCGCCCGGCGUCCCGGGCCCCACGGGCGAACUCCUAGCCUGACUGCGGGGCUUUUUAAAUGCUUCCCUUGGACUGCAAGGAGGGGAGGGGGGAGGGAGGGAUUUCUUACCCUGUUUGUUACAUUUUGAGGAUAAUAAAGGUGUGUGAUCUGCUUUGGUACAAGCGGAGGGGGGACACCAGCUGCUUUAAGUCCUAGGUGCUAGUGACCAAGCAUGUGGACCUUAGGGUAGGGACCUGGGGAGCGGGUAGUACGGAAACGAAACCAAAGGUUGCUUCUCAGGGCGAGCCGUUCAGGCUCCAUCUAGCCAGCUUUUGUGCGCCCCCGGUAGCCUCGGAGAUGUGCGGAGUUGGGAAGCUGGUCAUGA